AGAAGCAACCGGCGAUUGAGCCACGUGAACGUAACCUCAUGGCGUCUCCUCUGUGCGUAUAAAACCGGUAGUCGAGACCUUGAGGAUCACUCCUAAAACCAAAGCGAUCGCAUCCGCACAUUCUCCCAGCACCAAACUCUGGGAUACAGUCGCAGCAGACAACCAUCACCAAAGACAGACAAAGAUGCAUUCGUUCGCCGCAAGUUUCGCCUUCCUGCUCCUCGCAGCCGUCUGCACUGCCCAAGUGGUGCAACGCAAAGUUGUUAGAAACCCCGACGGCUCAACUUCUAUGAGCGAGAGCUGGGGUCACAGCUCUUUCAACCAGGAAUCAUCGGAUAACGAUGGCAUCAUCAGUGGUCGAUCUGGCUACAGCGACAGCGCCGGAAACAACUACGAUCAGCACUACGAGAUUGGACCUGACGGAAAGAUGAAGCUGGUCAACCCUCAGGAGAGCAAGCUCAAGGGAACAGACGACAUCACCGGACGGCUCGGCGGGUUCGGUGGAGGGUUCGGCGGAGGAUUCGGUAACCCAGGAUUCGGAAACCUGCCUGGAUUGAACAGAGAUUUUGGAGGUGCCGGAUUUGGCAACCCUGGUUUGGGAGGCGGCUUCAACCGCGGAUACAACAGGCGUUACUAGAGAACUUAACAGGUGUUAAAAAAGAUACUGGCAUGGCCUUCAAGAAUUCAAGACGAGUUAAUCGCAAAUAUCUAAAUGGCAUCUUUUUGUGCUGUUUUUUUUUUAAUAAUAAAUUGAUCGCCUUCUCAAAGCCA